AUGCCUAUUCUUCAGGAUCCUCGUCAGCGGUUCUACGACCUGUGGUCUGAUGACCCCCGCCCGAUACGAAACCAUGAGCAACAAAACGGGAUAUCGUCAUCUAAGCCCCCUCGUCGCGAGGAACGCAGCAUAUCUCCGCCGCUACAGAAUCCCCACCAGAUUCCAGACCGAUCCACCUUUUCAGGUGUCAACUUUCCUGGCUUGGGAAUCACGGAUCGGGAGGGACUGAUCCGCUAUCUUAAGAGCGCUGAUAGUCCAUCGUGGACGCAAUACCCAUCGUACCAAGCCCAAAGCACAAGUCCUGGUCAGUAUAGUCCAGUAGAUGAGAAUUCGGAAAUGAGAAGAGCGACAGUCGGGAACAAAGAAUCAGUCGACACGUUCUCCCCAAGUGACCAAGGGCUGGCAUCGCCUGCCGAAAUUGAGCGUCCUCGGUCAGCAUUACACUCCGGCGACUUCCGAGAAGGCACUUCGCAAUCUCGGCAUCAGCAACACCAACCGCAGUCUCCUUUGCCUAGUAAUGAUCGUGGAUUCGGUUUUCUUCCUUUGAGCUCUUCCCCCACCACUCCAUGGUUUAGCGCAUCCGUUUUUCCUUCGGCCACCCGAAGUCAGACCGCGUCUGUUCGCAUACCCGAGGAGAAGCCCGCACAGAUCACCCGCGCCAGAGCACCUUCGCUGGGUUCGUUUUCUUCUAGCUACGUUCUCAAGGCGCCGACGAGUCCUUUGGUAUACCAGGCGAAUAAUACGGACCUGGAUUUCUCCUCUCGCAAUGACUUGGUGGAUCAUCAAGAGAAUUUGGAAAAGAUCAACCGUCGCCGAACCUUGCCACCCGAAGCUUUCAUGCAACUGCAAUCAUCACCCACAUCUCAUCGAGGUUUGGAUUUUCAAUCGGGUCAUCUGUCUGGAAGAUGGAAUGAAGACCACUCUUACCAGCCAAAUCAUCAUCCCAGGCGAUCUUUGACGUCGCCAUAUAGCCUGCAGCUUGCAUCCUCAGUUCAAUCGCCGUUCCCCAGGGCUCGAAGACCGUCAAUCUCUUCUGAGGUGUCUUCUAAACCUCACGCUCCGAUGGUUGGCUCCUAUGAGGAAUCCAUCCUUCGUGGAAGAAUGUCGAUGAACCCAUCUAAACCGCUCGACUUCACGGCUCAGAUCGGCGUCCUCGGGAAAGGAAAAUGCAAACCUAACCUGAAAUGCCCCCCACAUGUGACAGUGCCAUUCCCUGCGGUAUUUUACAGUUACCCUACAUCAGGCACCGGGCGCUCAAUUUCAGAUGACAGCCCUAGUCCAUCGACUGAUCAAGAUACUCUCCGCAGGCGAGAGAAAAAACAUCGCAGGGCGGAGUCACCGAGGAGCCCGCCUGGUGGUUGUUAUCGCAUACCACAGCAGGGUCAGCUGCAGAUAAUCAUCAAAAAUCCCAACAAGACUGCUGUCAAGCUGUUUCUUGUUCCCUAUGACCUCAGCGACAUGGAACCGGGAACCAAAACGUUCAUAAGGCAAAGAAGCUACUCGGCAGGCCCGGUCAUUGACAUGCCUUUAAGCGCUCGAAAAAACUAUGGCACCGAUCGCCCGGAAGCGUCCUUAAACACUUCAGAGGACCCAAAUGACAAACCAGUUCUGCGGUAUCUCAUUCAUCUCAAUAUCUGCUGUCCAUCUCGGGGCCGCUUUUACCUACACUCGAGUAUUCGCGUCGUGUUUGCCAAUCGGGUCCCCGACGGUAAGGAGAAGCUUCGAAAUGAGAUCCAAUAUCCAGAUCCCCGAUACUCGCCUUACAAACCGCCUCGAGACGCGACCUCCAAAUCGCUAAUGGAACGAGGACAAAGGCCAAUGGCGGGUACAGAAUCGUACCCGCAUCAUCUUCUCACCAAUAUGCGUGAUAAGUGGCCUAGCGCUUCUGGGCAGCUCGGCGAAAUGCAGUUCAUCUCUGAGCACACGCCGAGCCCUCGGCAAGCACAGCACCCUUUCCAGCCUAUCCCAUCCUUAAGGGAAGAGGCGACUCCAUUUCCGGAGACACGGUCUUUCGAAUGGCAGCAGGAUGUGCCUGCAGCAUACACGAAACUCAGCAAAGGAAACGCCGGAUAUGGAGGCUAUCCGUCGAACUCCGGUGCAUCUUCCAAUGGAGGUUCUGAGCCUGGAGAGAGUCUACUCGCCAAAAGGCUUCGAGGUCUUGACGUACAAAGGCAUGAUUAUACGUAUAUGAACUAA